CUCCUGAUGGAGAAGCACUAACCGGAGACCGCAGCCUCUGAGCAGACCGUGUGGACCCGAACUAGAGCCGAACCUCCCGGUGUGUGUGUGUGUGUGUGUUUCCGCGUGCGUGUCGGUGCUUCUUGUCGGUGAUGGAGGCGGCGGAGGGUGGCGUUUGCGGGGUGAAGGUGAUGUGUCGCUUCAGGCCGCUGAACGAGGCGGAGCGGAGCCGCGGAGACAAAAACAUCCCGAAAUUUAACGGAGAGGACACCGUGGUGGUGUCGGGGAAGCCGUAUGUGUUCGACCGAGUCUUCCCCCCAACCACUGAACAGGUUCAGGUGUACGACACCUGUGCCAAGCAGAUCGUCAGAGAUGUGUUGGGAGGAUAUAACGGCACCAUCUUUGCUUAUGGUCAGACCUCCUCAGGAAAGACUCACACGAUGGAGGGGACCCUUCAUGACCCUCAUCAGAUGGGGAUCAUCCCUCGUAUUUCCAGAGACAUCUUCGACCACAUCUACUCCAUGGAUGAGAACCUGGAGUUCCACAUCAAGGUGUCUUAUUUUGAAAUCUAUCUGGAUAAAAUCAGAGACCUGCUGGAUGUGUCAAAGACCAACCUGGCUGUUCAUGAAGAUAAGAACAGAGUGCCCUUUGUGAAGGGCUGUACUGAGCGCUUUGUUUCCAGUCCCGAGGAGGUAAUGGACGUUAUCGACGAAGGAAAAGCAAACAGACACGUCGCUGUCACCAACAUGAACGAGCACAGCUCUCGCAGUCACAGCAUUUUUCUCAUCAACAUCAAACAGGAGAACGUGGAGACCGAGAUGAAGCUAUCAGGGAAACUUUACCUGGUGGACCUGGCUGGCAGCGAGAAGGUGAGUAAAACAGGAGCAGAGGGCGCCGUUUUGGAUGAGGCUAAAAAUAUCAACAAGUCUCUGUCUGCUCUGGGGAACGUCAUCGCUGCCCUGAGUGAAGGAACGAAAACCCACGUUCCAUACAGAGACAGUAAGAUGACCCGGAUCCUUCAGGACUCUCUGGGUGGAAACUGUCGAACUACCAUCAUCAUCUGCUGCUCGCCGUCUGUUUACAACGAGGCUGAAACCAAGUCCACCCUCAUGUUUGGACAGAGAGCUAAAACCAUAAAGAACACAGUGUCUGUGAACCUGGAGCUGACCGCCGAGGAGUGGAAGAAGAAGUAUGAGAAGGAGAAGGAGAAGAACAGGAGUCUGAACAUCAUGAUCCAGAAACUGGAGAAUGAGCUUAAACGCUGGAGGAAAGGUGAGUCUGUACCUGUGGAGGAACAGCUGGGCAACAGAAACAAGAAGUGCAGCAGUGAGACAGCAGCAGCGAUUGACAGCUUGGCUCCGCCCCCCGUCGCCCUGUCUGAGGAGGAGAAGUCGCAGUACGAGACUCUCAUCACUGACCUGUAUCAGCAGCUGGACGACAAAGAUGACGAGAUCAACCAGCAGAGUCAGAUGUCUGAGAAACUCAAACAGCAGCUGAUCGACCAGGAUGAGGACUAUGAGCGGCUGCAGGAGGAGCUGUCCCGCGUGCAGAGGGAAAGCGAUUCAGCUAAAGAGGAGGUGAAAGAGGUGUUGCAGGCACUGGAGGAGCUGGCUGUCAACUACGACCACAAGAGUCAGGAGGUGGAGAAUAAGAACCGCUGCAAUGAACAGCUGAAUGACGAGCUCGCUCACAAAACUGUCAGUCUGGAGGCGGUUCAGAGGGAGCUGUCCUCCCUGCAGGAGCUCAGCUCUCAUCAUAAGAGGAGGUCAGCGGAGAUCGUCAGUUUGCUGCUCAGAGACCUCAGUGAGAUCGGCAGUGUUCUCGGGACCACCGAGCUCAAAGCUAUGACUGAAGUGAGUGGAGUGAUGGAGGAAGAGUUCACCUCCGCCCGACUCUACAUCAGUAAGAUGAAGUCUGAAGUCAAAUCUCUGGUGAACCGCAGCAAACAGUUUGAGGUCAACCUGACAGAAAACACCUGCAAGAUGGAGGCGAAUGAGAAGGAGCUGAGCACGUUCCAGCUGCUCGUGUCGCAGCUCCAGGCAAAGCUAGGGUCUCUCACUGAUGACCUGCAGAAGGUGGAGCAGAAGAAGAGGCAGCUGGAGGAGAGUCAGGAUGCUCUGAUGGAGGAGGUCGCCAAGCUUCGCGCUCAAGGUCAAAUGCACGAGCUGACAGUGAUGGACAAAGAGAAAGAACACAUGAGCCAGCUGAAGGAUGUUGUGGAGAUGAAGAGAACGCUGGAGGAACAGAUGGAGAACCACCGGGAGGUUCAUCACAAACAGCUGAGUCGACUCCGAGAUGAGAUCGAUCAGAAACACAGAGACGUCGACCGACUCAAAGACGUGAAUCAGGCUAUGCAGCUGGAAAACAGGAAGCUUCAGUCUGACUUGGACAAACUGAGAGCAGAGGAUCAGAACAAAGACCAGAAGCUUCAAAAACUCAUGUUCGUGAACGAGAAGAGAGAACAAGCCAAAGAAGACCUGAAGGGUUUGGAGGAGACGGUGGCCAAAGAGCUGCAGAUGCUCAACAACCUUCGCAAACUCUUCAUCGACGACAUCGGAGCUCGAAUCAAGAAUAGUUCAGAGAAUGACAGCGAUGAGGCUGGUGGCAGUUUGGCUCAGAGACAGAGGAUCGUCUUCUUAGAAAAUAACUUGGAGCAGCUCAGCAGGGUCCACAAACAGCUGGUUCGGGAUAACGCUGAGCUCCGCUGUGAGCUGCCCAAAUUGGAGAAGCGUCUUCGGGCGACAGCGGAGCGAGUGAAAGCUCUGGAAACAGCUCUGAAAAAUGCAAAAGAGUCGGCUGUGAAGGAUCGCAAACGAUACCAACAGGAAGUUGACCGCAUCAAAGAGGCCGUGCGGUCCAAAAACCUGUUCAGGAAAGGACACUCAGCUCAGAUCGCCAAGCCAAUAAGAGCCGGUCAUCAGCACCAUCAGAAUCCGUCCUCCUCCCAUGCUAUCCGACCGAUCAUCAGAGGAGGGGGUGCAGGGUCCAGCCCACGACACCAACCCCCCCGACACCAACCUCAGCAACAUCUCCACCAGAGCCACAGCAAGUAGGCUCCAGGUAGCAGAUGACUCUGGGUCAGUUUCCUUUUCUGUGGAUCUUUGGACUCUCCUGUUUUCACAACUCUGCCUAUACUGGAACCACACCCCACAAUGUUCUGCCUUAACAGCCAUUCCACCUUAAACAAUCCACCUUAACAGCCUUGCCAGCUUAACAAACAUUCCACCCUAACGCAGACGCUCUCUCUGACUGUUUUCUGAAUUUUUGUUGUUGUUCUUUAUUAUCAAACAAUUAAAUAUCUUCAAAGAAUUACCGCUAAGAAAAGUUAAUAUUUUAUCUUUUUUUUUUUUUUUUUA